UCUCUGGGAAUUUUCGUAUCUCCUCAGUGCACAGGAAACAACAGAGGCCCGAGCAAGGCCCCGCGCCAUGGCCGACCGGCAGGCGGGUCUGGCUGCCGGGGACUGGGAGAUCGACGUGGAGAGCCUGGAACUCGAGGAGGGUGACCGCGGGGCUCAUCCGCCAACGCCUCAGGGGUCCAGCCCGCCGCCGGUCGACGGGGACGGCGAGGAGGACGAGGACGAAGACGAAGAUGACGAUGAAGCGGAGGACGAGGGCGACGGCGAGGAGGCAGGCCCGUCCCCAGGGGUACCGGGUCGGCCGGAGCAGAGAGUGGGACUGAAGUCGAGGCCGCUUCCGGCGUCCCAGGCCUCGUCCGCCGCGGCCGGUCCCCCAGAGCGCUGCGCUAACGCCGGCAGCGGCGCGGAGCCGCGCAAACUGAGCCGCACGCCCAAGUGCGCGCGUUGCCGCAACCACGGCGUGGUGUCCUGCCUCAAGGGCCACAAGCGCUUCUGUCGCUGGCGCGACUGUCAGUGCGCCAACUGCCUGCUGGUGGUGGAGCGGCAGCGCGUCAUGGCAGCCCAGGUGGCGCUCCGGAGGCAGCAGGCCACCGAGGACAAGAAGGGGCUUUCUGGGAAACAGAAUAAUUUCGAGCGCAAAGCUGUGUAUCAGAGGCAAGUCAGGGCACCCAGCUUGCUGGCCAAAAGCAUUCUAGAAGGCUACCGCCCCAUUCCAGCAGACACUUAUGUGGGAGGGAGUUUACCUCUACCUCCCCCUGUAAGUGACCGGAUGAGGAAAAGGCGGGCCUUUGCUGAUAAGGAGUUGGAGAACAUUAUGCUGGAGAGAGAAUAUAAAGAGAGGGAAAUGCUGGAAGCUUCCCAAGCUGCUGCCUUGUUCUUGCCCAAUCGCAUGGUGCAUGGACCUGAAUACAGCUCUUACAGAAGCACCUACAGUCCCACACCAGUGGAACCACCAAGCAAAGACUUCUGUAAUUUUUUGCCCACCUGCCUUGAUCUGACCAUGCAGUAUUCAGGAUCUGGGAAUAUGGAACUAAUUUCUUCCAAUGUUAGUGUGGCUGCGACUUACAGACAGUAUCCUUUGCCUUCGAGAUUUUUAGUUUGGCCCAAGUGUGGCCCCAUUAGUGAUACACUCCUCUACCAACAGUGCCUACUAAAUGCCACCACCUCAGUGCAGGCCCUGAAACCUGGGGCAAGCUGGGACUUAAAAGGAAUACGAGUUCAGGAUGGACUUGGUGCAGAACACGACAUGAUGUCACCCAAACUGGAAGGCUCUUUGGUGCUGCCUCACACUCCUGAGAUCCAGAUCUUCAGAAAUGACCUUCAGGGUCACCAGGCUAUCCCUGAGAGGUCUGCGUUCUCCCCACCCCAACGGAAUUUCUCUCCAGUUGUUGACACGGACUCUGUGGCAGCUCAGGGGCACGUCUUAACCAAGAUCAGCAAAGAAAGCGCCAGGCACCCUCUGCCACUUAAGCAUAAUCCAUUCCACUCAUUAUUCCAGCAAACUCUUACUGACAAAUCAGGUCCUGAGUUGAAAACAUCAUUUGUCAAAGAGGCCUUUGAAGAGGCCCCUAAGAAACACAGAGAGUGUUUAGUCAAGGAGAACCAGAAGUACACAUUUACAAUAGAUAGAUGUUCUAAAGACCUUUUCGUAGCCAAACAAGUUGGAACAAAACUCUCCGUGAAUGAACCACUGUCGUUUUCUGUUGAGUCUAUUCUUAAGAGGCCAUCGUCUGCCAUCACUCACGUCUCUCAGUGAAAGGCUGUUUAAAUGGAAAGCUGGAUUUUCUGCAGUUUCAGAGGGCCUUACCAGCCACUAAUUUUUUUAAGAAAAAUGUUAAAAUGUUUGUAUAAAGAAAUGUCUAAUGUAAAUGAUGAUGAUUAAAAAAUUCUAUAUAUUCUUAUGCAUGUACUUUUUCUCGCCACAUGAAUAUAUUUAAAGAUGGAAAUUGCUUAUGUGCAAAUUGUAAGGUUUCUGUGCUUUGCACAGCAUUUCAAAGAGUAAUAAAAUUGACACUGUCUUCUAAAAGUCC